AUGAAAACAGACAGUGAUCGUCGUCGUGAGGAUCUGCUGCUACAAGACUUGGUCCAGUUGGUGAAUGAACGCGACGAUAUGAUACACGAGUUGGAUUUGCAUGAGCAAGCGCUAGCUGAAGAACUAACCCUGGAACAGAACGCGGCCAAAGCUCUGUCUGCAGGUCGCGAACGUGCUGAUAAUUCGAACAAACGUAUGGCUGCAUCCGAUACGAAUUUUCAUGCUGCUCGACGCAGUGUUUGGAACACCCUAAAUCCUCAUGAACAAUAUUUCCCAGAUCUUCUUCGUCUGGAGCGUGCGCUUCUUCGAUCCCGUAAAGCAUCCUCAGCUGCAAGCCCUGAUGGUCUUCCUCCGGCACUUCUGAAAUUUGGAGCUGCUUCCCUAACCAAUAUGAUGACAUCCAUCGUCAAUGAGUCCCUAUCUUCCCGGUCGAUUCCUCAUCCUUGGCUUCCAGUGACCAUUAUUCCGAUCGCCAAAUCCACGUCCUCAGCUAUUCUUGCGAAACGGUUUCCUCCUAUCGCUUUGAUCUCAGCGGCUCUAAAGUUGACUAGUUCAUUUUCAAUUGUGGUGACACGUCCAUAUGUAGAACAAGACCUUACUUGGGUGAAAGAGCUGCCGAUUCAUGGCCCGAGUCAUAUUUCACACUCGUCGACCCAACUGGCUAGCACGGAGCAAAAUUUCGCGAGCGAUCCGGAAUCGGUUAUCGUCAAACGAUUGCGUGUAACAGCUCAUCGAGUUGACCUGUUGGCCUUGACAUAUCCAUUCACAGGGUGA